AUGUCAGGCUACGGCACUUACUACUACUCGCUUCCCACCGAAGCACCCAAACGAUCAAGAUCAGGCAGUCGCCGUCCUGCUCUGUCACCUUCGACUGUUUCUUCGCCUUGCAUCACAACACAUGCUCCCGUUGCCUCUCGAAGGGACUCUGCCGGAUCAGCAACCUCGUCAAGCAGCCCAACCAAGGCUUCCGUCCUGCUCGCAAAGGUAGCCUCAUCGCCAACAACACCAAGAGGCGAGAUCCCGUCACCAAUGGCCUCGCCCGAGUCAAGGAUGCACUCGAGUUACUCCAUGGAACGACCUGUGGUGUGGAGGAGCGAGAGUGACCGAUACGUCACCCAGUACAGGCAGCAGGAUGGUUACAUCAGCUUCCCUGACUACGAGAAGUUCUGCCAGAGUCAAUAUGAUCAGUGUCACACUGCUGUCAGGACUUGA